CUGGCACUUACGUUACGUGAUAGCGGCCAGGAACAUGUGUUUUGUAUUGUAUUAUUCAGAAUUUUGAAUUUUGUAUUGACAAGUGGAAUUCUGAUUAAAGAAACCCCAUAGCUAAGACUUAAGUGCAACAGGAAGAACCAGCAAGGACAGCAAACAUGCCGCGACCCUAUCAGAGGGCUGUUAGAUUUGCCAAACUCAGUGCCCAGCUAGAGGCCAAAAACGGGGACGAUGACUCCGACGACGAGAUCGAUUUUCCGGAGGAUCCCGAGGGAGACAAUAGGAAUCAGCAAGAGUAUAUGGUGAAGACUCUGGAUACCGCACCGCAUUUUACCUUCGCGGCUGCGAACACUGGAAUGCUGGGCCAAAUGCUCCACGACCAGGACGAGGAUAUGGCGCAGGACUUUCCCAAUUGCCUGGUGACGGUGCCACUGCCACUGUUCGUGGCCCAAGACGGGCAAACGCCCCGUGUGGAAGCCUGCGUCCAAAGACCCCAUGAUUACGAAGAUUGGAACCGGCAAUUGAAUUCCUACAACGUCUAUUACAAAAAGCGCACCCAAGCGAUGAAGCAGCGUGAGCAAAAGCACCGGGAAAACGUCUACGAUAUCACCCUGUUCGAGAUGGCCGAGCAUAUUGCCCGGCAGGAGAACCCAUUUUUCCGGGAUGUCUACGAUUACUAUUACACUGGCGGAAACCUCAACACGAUUCCGUUCGAGGGAGGUGGUCACCUGGCCGUGCAUGUCAGCGGUGAUAAGCUGAGGGAUCUGAACUUUUCCGAGAUCAAUAGUGAGGCGGAGUUGUGGCAUCCGUUGCAUUCGGCUAAAAUGGACGACGUUUCCAGCGAAUUCUUCGAACUCUUUCCAUUGGAGAGAUUGCCGACCGAUUCCGGCCAUAGGUUCCUGGCACGCUCUUUAAAAGAGGUUUCGCUGUACGAGUUGAAGCGAGGAGAGGAUCUGGAGUUGGAAGAUUACAAACUGAUUUGCCAUAGCAAGUUCAGCAGUCAGGAAGCUCCAUUUACCAGCGCCGCACAAUCAUUGGGCAAUGCUAAUACCUUGGCCCUGGCUUGCCAGGAUCGCUCUAUGCUCUUCGUGGACAUUUUGACCCAACAGGAAAUAGCCAAACAUAAUGUUCGCCUGCUUAAGGGACUGCAACAAACCACGAGUACCUGGGCACAGCUAUUGCCAGCAGAUGGUAACACCUUUCACUACCUCUCGCAGCCUGUUCUGCUCACCGUGGAUGUGAGAUGCGAUAAGCCCCUAAAUCCUUGCUUCGCCAGCAAAAUCUACUCCAGAACCUGCGAGACUUUCUCGUGUUUAGCCAAAGGUGUAAAUCCCAAUCUGCUGUAUGUGGCUAGCAAUCACAAACUCCACUGCUUGGACAUGAGGUGUUUGGGUAAGAAACUGGCCGAUCGUUCUGUCGUCACCUGGACACAUCAGUUGACCUAUCCGCCCGUUUUUAUGGACACAUUCGCCCACCGCGAAAGUGAAUAUAUAGCAUUAGCUGGAGCUUUUCCCACCGAUCUGCGUAUUUGUGAGCUGAAAGGAUCUGAUGCCCAGUGUGUGGAUGAAAUGUUCUCACCUGCAAUGCCCUUUUCUCCUCCAACCCAAGAAGAAGCUUUAAUCGAUGCUCGUUUGAGAGGCUUUGUUGAUGUCUAUUCAGAUCUGCCAGAACGGGUAAAGACAUGCCGCACAGGACUGCGCUUUCAUCGAUUGGAAGCGGCCAGUGAUCAGGCUUUUGCCCAGCUACUGAGUGCAAACAGCUUAGGAGACGUUUACUGCCAAAGACUAACGCAUAGAGACGAAGACGACCAUGUCCAGGAGAUAAGAACCGGACUCCACACCACGGAAGCCAUCCGUUACACUGCCAAGAUUAUCCAGCAGCGCGUACAACGCCAAAGUCUCCGUUGCUCCGAAGUACAGAGGAUACCGCAAAUUAGAGAAAUAUUUCGUGAAGCCGCAAAAAGGUCGAAGCCGGAUGAAAAACCUGUUAUAGUAGAGGAAAUCGAAAUUGACUAUGGAAUAGAAGAUACAGAUGUGUCAGAGGACGAAAGCCAAAACACCGAAAAAACUGAAAAAGAACCAACGAAAUCCGAAAAAAAAGGGAAAAAGAAACACAAAAAGAAAUCCAAGGAGAAACCAAAACAGCAGCCCAAAAAGAAAACUCCUGUUAAAGUAAAUAUAAAAAAAGACAAGGGUAUAAACCGUGGACCGUGGCAGAAGUCUGCUUACAAAUUAUCUCACUACACGGACUUCUUGUCGGUCCGUUUACUAGAAAUAUGGAAUAUGGAGGAGUUUGAUAACACAAGAGAUGUAAAUAGAGAAAUGUUCCAUGAGCGCUUGCAGGAUAAGGAAUUGGAGCCGGAGAAACGCAUGGCCGAUUGGCUAAACCAACUGCCCAGCCAGCCAGGGAACACUCGAGGAGACGAGGUGACGGAGGGGAAUCCCGACCUGGUGCCGGGAACGAAGCUUCCCAAGCUAUACGCCGCCACUACAGCAGAGUACUUUGAGAUGAAUGGGCACAUUAAGGAACAACCAAUUACUCCCAAAAAGGAAUUGCCUGUCACCUUUAGGCACGAGCAUUCGAUUCUCCUGCCCGGGCAGAAUACUAUCAUCGAGGGGGACCUUAAUCCCAGGCCCGCUAAGAGACCCAAGAUCAAGCACGUCAUGGGGUUCUAGCAUACUUUCGAGUUAGUCAGUUUAAGAUUAUUCCAGCAACUAUCUCAAUACUUUGACGAAUUAUGCUGCUUUAAAAAGUAUAAUUAUUUUAGUUACAGCUUAAGCCAUAAUGUAGAAUCAGCCAUUUAAAAAAAGUCGUUAUUUUUCGUUUAUAA